UCGAUAGCAAGAUGACAUCUAAGCACAUUCUUUUAUGUGUUAUAGUAGUGGUGGCAUUCCUCUUCCGAGUCGAAUGCGGGCCAAUGGAGUGUUAUAAAUGUCAUAGUGUAGAAGAUCCGACACUUUGUAAUACAGUUAUUCAAUGCCAAAUGGGACAGUCCUGCUACGUCAAAACGAUUCAAUCCUCACCUACAGUAUUGUUCGAGAUGGGAUGCGAAAACAAUCAGCAUUGUAGCACGGGUUUCCCUGCAUCGUCAAUCGUCGGUAAACGUCAGACAGCUGCCUCAUACUGUCAUGACUGUUGUUCAGCAAACGACCGUUGUAACGAUGAACUGUGUGCCCACAGGACACCUGAAUGCGUAGAUUCUGAAACAGUUGACUGCGCCCUAAUGCAUUCCGUUUUCGACGUUUGUGCUGAUAUCGAUCAUGCGAAAACCUUCUGUCCAAAGUUUUGUGGGCUUUGUGAACAUGGACGCGAGUAG